AUGGCGAUUGUAGCAGUAACGAGUGGUUUGAUAAUGCUCUGUGUUCCUCUUGAAAAUGCAUUAAGAGUUUACAGGCUCAGUGCUGUUUACUUUGUCUUUCCAGGUUUUUAUCAUUUUCUGUCAGUUGGAAGUACUUGUGGUCCAUAUGAAUAUAAAUCAGCUAUUGGAGAAUGUUGUCCAAUGUGCAAUAUUGGAUCAGUAGUACGCAGUGACUGUAGUGGGGAUGUAAGUACAACAUGCAAACCCUGCCCUUCAGGAACAUUCAUGAGUCAACCCAAUGGUCUUUAUCAGUGUUUCACAUGCAAACACUGUGAUAAAAGUCAAGGUCUUUACAUUCAGAGUAAAUGCACUACAAUCACAGACACCAUCUGUGAUGUGCUUGAUGGAUAUCACUGCAUUGAUUUCUUAAAUUCACAGUGCCGACAUGCUGAAAAACACAGAGUUUGCAGACCUGGAAAAGAAACAAAAACACCAGGGACAAAGGUAUCAGAUACAGUAUGUGUGGACUGCCCUCCUGGGUUUUAUUCUCCAUCAGGGCUGAAUUGUACCAAAUGGACGGACUGUGCAGCCAGAAAUGAGAUUCAGAAAGAAGAUGGCAGUCCUGUAAAAGAUGUCACAUGUGAAAAGAAGCCAAAGGAAUGUCUUGUGGAUUUAAUUGUAACUUCUAUUGCAGAAUUCUUCAGAGGUUUUUUCUGUUAAUUUCAGAAGGCCAAUAAUG